AUGGUCCGUAGCUAUCCAAACAUAGUCAUCACAGGAACUCCAGGUACAGGUAAAUCAACGCACUCUUCUCUUCUAGCCUCCACCUACACCAACUCUGGUUGCUCCACCUACCACCCCUUACGCCAGAUCGACAUAGGCGCACUUGUCAAAUGCAAAGGCUUCUAUACUGAAUAUUUGCAAGAAUGGCAAAGCUACCAAGUAGACGAAGAUCAACUUGUCGAUUAUCUUGAACCUUACACUGGUAACAAAGCACCUGAACCUCUUGACUCGCAACAUUUCAACCAGCACGAUUUACAAGCUGCAAAGCAUUCUCAAGAAUCAGAAGAGCGAGGAGGUUUGAUUCUAGACUGGCAUACCUGUGAUGUUUGGCCUGAACGUUGGAUUGAUUUAGUAGUAGUGUUGAGAUGUGAUCAUGGAGUGUUGUGGGAAAGAUUGGAAAAAAGAGGCUAUCCGAUUAACAAGAUUCAGGAGAAUAAUCAAGCAGAGAUCAUGGGCGUUGUUGCCGAUGAUGCAAGGCAGAGCUAUCCGCAAGAAGCAGUGGUCGAGUUGAUAAGUGAAGAAACUGGUCAUGUGCAACAGAACGUGGAGAGGAUCCUCCAGUGGAUUACCGUUUGGAGAAAGGCAAGAGGUUUAGAGUAA